AGUUUUGCCGCGCUCCACCAGAAUGUUUCAAACAACAACAAAACAACCUGAGCUCCUCCAGUAUGUCGAUACAGCCUGAGACUCACAGCGAGUAUGAGGCAGAUAGUUUGGAGGUUUCCAGUCAUUCAUUGGUUGUAAGAGUAGAAUAUUACAGGUCAUUUGAAUUUUGUAUGAAGAAAAAAAACGCCAUAUUUAGACCAUCAAAGGGCUCCGAGAGGACCCAGAGGAGUCCCAGUCCAGCUGGAGCAGCUCCCCGGGGCAGGAUGAAGAGUAAGACUCAGAGCAGAGGGCUGAGGAAGACUACAGCUGGAGGCAGCGUAGAUACCUAUGAGAGGAGCAGCCGAGACGUCCUCGACAUCAUCAACGAUGAGAAAGACGUCAAUGAGGAGGAUGAUGAAGGAGCGCUGGUAGAGGUGGCUGAUGAAGGUCUGGACCAGUCUGAUGAAGACUGCUGCUCUGUUAGCAGCGUAGCUUCUGGUCCUUCCCUCCGACUCUUCUUCUCUCCUCAGAAAGCAGCCAGGACUUCCUGUUUGUGUUCAGCCUGUAAAACUCUCUACCAGAAGGCAAAGAGGAUGAAAGCUCCACUAAGAAACAAACUCUUGGACAACGAUCCUAAAUCUCUGACCUGUGACCAGUGGGUCCUCAGGAAGAAGUGGAGACCACGCAGGCUGCAGCAGGCAAACGGGAAGCUGUUGAUGCGUUUAGAUGUGGUUAAAGAACGACUGAGAGCCGCUAGAGGAGCAGAGAGACGACCAGCAGCAGCCUGCUGCAGCAGGCAGCACGCCUUCCUGACCAGGAGCCUGAGACAACGUGUAAGUGUGGCGGGAAAAAAGGGAAGGAAGAAGAAGAGGAGGAGGAGAGAAAGUUCUGAGGGUGCUCUGGUCAAGAAGCAGCAGCGUAUCCACGGCAACGGUCAAACUCACGGCACCAACCGGAGCGAGCCUGACCCGACCGGUCCUGGUUUAGAGAGCGGCAGUGAGUCCGCAGACACCAACCUGACUGUUGAUUCUGCCUCCACGGUCGCCAUGGAGACCACCGGGACAACAACAGCCCCGCCCAAAAAGAAGACGGGCGGGUUCAGAGACUUGUUGGCCCAGUUGCGUGGCAACAGCAGCAUGAUCGUCAAGGAGAACCGCUCAUGAAGGAACUUUGUUUCUUUUUCUUUUGGUUGUUGGUUUGUUGUUUUCGUGGCUGUUGUUGUGUUCUGAACUCCUCCAUCCAGCCCUUAUUUGCCUUAUUUGCACAGUACUUUGCAGUACUUUAUUGCACGUUAUUUAUUGUUUGUUGAGUUUCAUCGUAACGUUUAUUUAAAGUUUCAUUAAACUGGAUAUCUGUAAGUAAAUAAAUGUUCUGACAUUAA